AUGGCAGAACACAUUCAUGGAAAAAUUAACUUCAGCAGUUUGGUUUAUGAUUAUGUUUUGUUUGCAAUUCCACUCUGUGGUGCAGAAGAAAAUAGAAUAAUUAUAAUCGGAGCUGGUGUUGCUGGAAUAGCUGCUGCAGCAACUCUACAUGAAAUGGGACACAGUAAUAUCCUUAUCUUAGAAGGGUCCAGUCGUGUUGGUGGUCGCGUAAAAGAGGUUGAAUUAGGUGAAUAUACUGUUGAGACUGGAGCUCAAUGGAUCCAUGGUCUUGGAAAUAAUCCAGUUUUGGAUUUAAUCAGACAGUAUAAUGUAUCAUACCGAAUCACAGAUUACGAAGACUUCCUAAUUUACGAUGAAAACGGAACAGUGAUAACCGAAAAAAGUCAAAGUGUAUAUGAAAAAUUUGAGACAGUCCAAACAAAUCUUGAGAAAAUACGAGCUUCAAUGUUGUCGUACCAAACACCAGAUACAACUCUUAGACAAGUCUUGAAAAAAUCUGGUUGGAUUCCGAAGUCACCGUUGGAAGAUGCUGUUGAAUAUUAUGACUUUGAUUUUGAAUUUACGUUCUCACCAGAUUCUAUAUCAGCUAAAUACGGCGCUGAUAAGCCAAAUUAUAAAGUUUCAAAUAGCACCCCUGGUGUCGACGCGAUGGUUAAUGAUCUUCGUGGAUAUUCAUAUCCGUUUCGUAAACUUUUAUCAAAAACUUUGCAUUCAUCAAGUGACAGCGCAAUAUUAUUAAAUAAAGUGGUGACACAUGUUCAUCAAAAUGGUAAUCACGUGACUGUCCGAACGAGCGAUGAUAAAUCUUACGUUGGCCAAUACGUAAUUAGCACAGUGAGUAUCGGAGUUAUGCAGAGUAGAUCAAUUCAAUUUGAACCUUCAUUACCAAACUGGAAAAUGAAUAGAUUUGAUCAGUUUCAAAUGGGGGUAUUCACACAUAUGUAUUUCCAGUUCCCAUUCACAUUUUGGGAUGAUAAAGAAUAUCUUAUAUACGCAAGUUCGAGGCGUGGUUACUACACGAUAUGGGUAAAUAUCGAAAAACUAUUUCCCAAUUCAAGGAUUCUUCAAGCAACAUUAGUUGGAGAAGAAGCCAAAAGAAUCGAUAGAAUGUCAGAUGAAGAUAUCAAGAAUGAAGUUUUGUCCGUUCUGCGAAAUAUAUUUUUUAAGAAAAAUAUCGUUAUACCUGAGCCUGACUCUUAUGUCAUUCCAAGAUGGCUGUCUGAUCCUUUGUUUAAAGGGUCGUUUAGUAAUUGGACACCCGGAUUCACGGAAGACAUGAAAAUGACAUUAUGUAAUCCUUUUGGGAGAUUAUUUUUUGCAGGAGAAGCUUGUUCCAAAAAUUCUUUUGGUUUUGUUCAAGGAGCGUAUAAAAGUGGUAAAUUGACAGCCAAAAAUCUACUUGACUGUAUGAAUGACAGCUGUAAAACGUGUUGA